UAUAUUUUGUAAUUUUGAAUUUUAUGAUUCCUUCUGAAUUCUGUCCUUUGAAAAAGUAUUGUCUCUGAUACAUCUUCCCAGAUAUCAAUUUCAAUUUGUCCAUCUUCCUGCACCCAGACCUGCCUCUCCCCCUUGAUCCCCUUCUCAGUGACCACAUCACUCUCGCCAUCCCCUGAUCUCAUCUCUGAUUGUUGGGCUGUUUCUGUGGAGCUGGCCUCACAAAGUCUCUUAAAUUUGUCCCGUCUUCUGAAUCACCACCACCAUUGCCUGGGUCCAGACUCUCACAUCUUCUACACUGUUACUUUAAUUGUUUCCUAAUGGAUCUCUCCAAAUUCAGCCUAGUCUUUUCACACUACUGACAGAAUAAUCUUUCUAAAAUUAAAAUCUGUUCAUAAAAAAUAAGGUUUUGAACCUGGGUAGUUCCUAUUUACUGCAACAUAUAAUUCCAAAGCUCCCCAGUCCAGUAAAAGCCUGCCAUUGUUCAAUAAGUGAAGUCCAAAAAAUUAUGCCACAUAAUAUGCAGAGUGAUGCUAUCUUAAGAUUAAUGAAUGAUCAGGACAAGUCUGGCCAUCUUAUUGGACAGCAGUUCCAAGGGUUAUUUUGUUAGACUCAGAUACAGUCGUGUUCUAGCCGCUGUUGGGUGCUACCCUGUGGAGGUUGCCUGCUCUGGGCUUAAAUAUUAUUGGACAUGAUUCUGGAUCCCUCAGCUAGUUAGGUUUUCUAGGAUGAGCACUCAUGAUUCCAGGAAUCUCCUGGUUAAUUGAUAUUCAUUUUUGAAUAUCAGACUGACCUUGGAAUACUGUAAUUGGGGAAUACUGGGGACACAGGGAACCAUUCUCUUGGUUGCUUGGGUCCUUCUUCUCUCUACAUCUUCUUUCUUCUAUAGAAGCUAAAAUGUUUGAGAACAGGAGAUGGGCGGAGGAUGGGAGCCCAUUGCCAGGCACAUUAUAUCAGAAAACAAGUUUUCAUGAGGCUUUUAAGGAAUCCUGCCAGAAGUUCUAUCAGGCAGACCUGGAGGAACUGAACUUUUCUAAAGACACUGAAGAAUGCAGGAAACACGUAAAUGACUGGGUGACGGAGAAGACUGAAGGAAAGAUUUCAGAGAUACUGGGGGCUGGGGCAAUCGGUCCUCUGACCAAGCUGGUCCUCGUGAAUGCAACCUAUUUCAAAGGAAAGUGGCAUGAGCAAUUUGACAGAAAGCACACAAGGGGAAUGACCUUUAAAACCAACAAGGAGAAGAAGACAGUGCAGAUGAUGUUUAAGCAAGCUGAAUAUAAAAUGGGGUAUGUGGAGGAGGUGCACGCCCAGGUCCUGGAGCUGCCCUACGUGGAGGGGGUGCUGAGUAUGCUCAUUUUACUGCCUGAUGACAACACAGAUCUCGCUGUGGUGGAAAAGGCACUUACAUAUGAGAAGUUCAGAGCCUGGACAAAUCCAGAAAAGCUGACUAAGGAUAAAGUUCAAGUUUUUCUUCCCAGAUUAAAGCUGGAGGAGAGUUACGACUUGGCGGCUUUUCUUCGAAGUUUAGGAAUGACUGAUGCUUUUGAGGAAGCCAAGGCCGACUUUUCUGGAAUGUCAGCCAAGAAGAACGUGUCCAUGUCCAAGGUCGUGCACAAGUGCUUUGUAGAGGUCAACGAGGAGGGCACGGAGGCAGCUGCGGCCACCGCGGUGGUCAGGAACUCCCGGUGCAGCAGAACUGAGCCAAGAUUUUGUGCAGACCACCCUUUCCUUUUCUUCAUCAGGCACCAUGAAACCAACAGCAUUUUGUUCUGCGGCAAGUUCUCUUCUCCAUAAAGAGCUGCAGUCCUUGUACGUCACUCUGCCUACCCUGCCUUACUUCAAAUUCCCUGUGACCAAAUUGACGCGGUGGUUUGAAUGCCAAAAUAAAGUGUAAUUAUGAUAACAGGACCCCCUCA